AUGGCGGCCAGGAGCGCCCCGAGCUGCCACCUGCGGCUCGAGUGGGUGUACGGCUACCGGGGCCACCAGUGCCGCAACAACCUCUACUACACGGCGGCCAAGGAGAUCGUGUACUUCGUGGCGGGCGUCGGCGUGGUGUACAGCCCGCGCGAGCACCGGCAGAAGUUCUACCGGGGCCACAGCGACGACAUCAUCAGCCUUGCAUUGCAUCCUGAACGAGUACUGGUGGCAACAGGACAAGUUGGGAAGGAGCCUUACAUCUGUAUCUGGGAUUCGUACACUGUGCAGACCGUAUCAGUUCUGAAGGAUGUUCAUACUCAUGGUGUAGCUUGCUUAGCAUUCGACUUAGAUGGACAGCGCUUGGUUUCCGUUGGACUUGAUUCAAAGAAUGCAGUUUGCGUUUGGGACUGGAAAAGAGGGAAAAUGUUGUCUAUGGCUCCAGGUCACACAGAUAGAAUAUUUGAUAUUUCUUGGGAUUUGUACCAGCCAAAUAAACUUGUCAGCUGUGGUGUAAAACAUAUCAAGUUCUGGAGUUUAUGUGGAAAUGCUCUGACUCCAAAACGAGGGGUCUUUGGGAAGACUGGUGACCUUCAGACCAUCUUGUGCCUGGCCUGUGCGAGGGAUGAAUUAACGUAUUCUGGCGCACUCAAUGGGGAUAUAUAUGUUUGGAAGGGAAUCAAUCUUAUACGAACAAUACAAGGAGCUCAUACUGCAGGAAUUUUUAGCAUGAAUGCUUGUGAAGAAGGCUUUGCUACUGGUGGCAGAGAUGGCUGUAUUCGUCUUUGGGAUCUAACUUUUAAACCAAUUACUGUGAUUGAUCUCAGGGAAGCAGACCAGGGGUACAAAGGUUUGUCUGUAAGGAGUGUUUGUUGGCGAGGAGACCACAUUCUAGUUGGAACACAGGACAGCGAGAUUUUUGAAAUUGUGGUUCAUGAAAGAAACAGACCUUUCCUAAUUAUGCAAGGGCAUUGUGAAGGUGAACUCUGGGCACUUGCCAUCCAUCCUACUAAACCUUUGGCCGUGACUGGAAGUGAUGAUCGUUCAGUCAGAAUAUGGAGCCUGGUUGACCAUGCACUAAUAGCAAGGUGUAAUAUGGAAGAACCAAUUCGUUGUGCAGCUGUAAAUGUAGAUGGGAUCCAUCUUGCCCUUGGAAUGAAGGAUGGCUCAUUAACUGUACUUAGAGUAAGAGAUAUGACAGAAGUUGUCCAUAUUAAAGAUCGGAAGGAGGCAAUUCAUGAGUUAAAAUACUCACCAGACGGAACUUACCUUGCUGUUGGUUGCAAUGACAGCUCAGUUGAUAUUUAUGGAGUUGCUCAGCGGUAUAAGAAAUUUGGAGAGUGUGUUGGAUCACUUAGUUUCAUCACUCAUCUGGACUGGUCCUCAGACAGUAGAUAUUUACAGACAAAUGAUGGUAAUGGUAAAAGACUUUUCUACAGGAUGCCAGGAGGAAAAGAAGUGGCAAAUAAAGAAGAAAUAAAAGGUGUUCAUUGGGCUUCAUGGACAUGUGUUUCAGGCCUUGAAGUAAAUGGAAUUUGGCCCAAGUAUUCAGAUGUCAAUGAUAUAAACUCAGUAGAUGGGAAUUAUAUUGGCCAAGUUUUAGUUACAGCUGAUGACUAUGGGAUUGUAAAAUUAUUUCGAUAUCCUUGCUUAAGAAAAGGGGCCAAGUUUAAAAAAUAUAUUGGCCAUUCAGCUCAUGUAACUAAUGUCAGAUGGUCACAUGAUUAUCAGUGGGUUAUUUCUAUUGGUGGAGCAGAUCACUCUGUCUUUCAGUGGAAAUUUAUUCCUGAAAGAAAACUAAAGGAUGCUCUUCACAUAGCACCCCAAGAAAGUCUUGCAGACUCUAAUAGUGAUGAAUCAGAUUCAGACCUGUCUGAUGUUCCAGAACUGGAUUCUGAAAUUGAGCAAGAGACCCAGCUCACCUACCGUCGGCAGGUUUACAAAGAAGAUCUACCUCAUCUUAAAGAACAAUACAAAGAGAAACAAAAAAGUGGUACUUCUAAAAGAAGAGAGCGGGCUCCAGGAAAUAGUAUUCGAUUGCACUUUGUUCACGGUUACAGAGGUUAUGACUGCCGAAGUAAUCUGUUUUACACUCAAACUGGUGAGAUCGUGUACCACGUGGCAGCGGUGGGAGUCGUUUAUAACCGGCAGCAGAACACACAGCGCUUUUACCUGGGUCACGACGACGACGUCCUCUGCCUGGCCGUGCAUCCUGUGAGAGACCUGGUGGCGACGGGCCAGGUAGGUAGGGAUCCCUCAAUUCACAUAUGGGACACGGAGACCACUAAACCAUUGUCGAUAUUAAAGGGCUACCACCAGUAUGGUGUCUGUGCUGUUGAUUUCUCAGCGGACGGGAGGCGCCUGGCCUCCGCCGGGCUGGAUGACGGCCACACUGUGGUGCUGUGGGACUGGAAGAGAGGCGAGCGGCUGUCAGUCACACGAGGAAGUAAAGAUAAGAUUUUUGUUGUAAAAAUGAAUCCGUACGUGCCUGAUAAAUUAAUGACAGCUGGAAUUAAACACAUAAAAUUUUGGCGUAGAGCAGGGGGAGGAUUGAUUGGAAGAAAAGGCUACAUAGGCACACUGGGGAAAAAUGACACAAUGAUGUCUGCAGUAUAUGGAUGGACUGAAGAGAUGGCUUUUUCUGGAACAUCCACAGGAGACGUGUGUAUCUGGCGAGACAUCUUUCUUGUAAAGACAGUUAAAGCACAUGAUGGACCAGUGUUCAGUAUGCAUGCAUUGGAAAAAGGGUUCGUAACUGGAGGGAAAGAUGGGGUAGUCGCUCUCUGGGAUGACUCCUUUGAAAGAUGUCUCAAGACCUACGCUAUAAAAAGAGCUGCUUUGGCCCCGGGAUCUAAAGGUCUUCUCUUGGAAGAUAACCCAUCUAUACGUGCCAUAUCAUUAGGACAUGGUCAUAUUUUAGUUGGCACAAAGAAUGGUGAAAUACUAGAAGUGGAUAAAAGUGGCCCAAUAACACUUCUGGUCCAGGGACACAUGGAAGGAGAGGUGUGGGGUUUGGCUACACAUCCUUAUCUGCCCAUCUGUGCUACUGUUAGUGAUGAUAAGACCUUGAGAAUAUGGGAUCUCUCUCCUAGUCAUUGUAUGUUGGCCGUCCGAAAACUUAAAAAGGGUGGGAGGUGUUGCUGUUUUUCUCCUGAUGGUAAAGCUUUAGCUGUGGGUCUCAAUGAUGGCAGUUUCUUAAUGGCAAAUGCAGACACUCUAGAAGAUCUUGUAUCUUUUCACCACAGAAAAGAUAUUAUUUCAGAUAUUCGAUUUUCACCAGGUUCUGGGAAAUAUCUUGCUGUAGCGUCGCAUGAUAGCUUUAUAGAUAUAUACAAUGUCAUGAGCAGUAAGCGAGUUGGAAUAUGCAAAGGCGCUACGAGUUACAUAACCCACGUCGACUGGGACAUCAGAGGAAAGCUUUUACAGGUCAACACUGGUGCUAAAGAACAGUUAUUCUUUGAAGCUCCCAGAGGGAAAAAACAAACCAUUCCCAGUGGAGAGGCAGAAAAAAUUGGUUGGGCAUCAUGGACAAGUGUGCUUGGUUUAUGCUGUGAGGGAAUUUGGCCUGUAAUUGGAGAAGUCAUGGACGUAACUGCCUCUUGCCUCACCAGUGACAAAACAGUCCUAGCUACUGGGGAUGAUUUGGGAUUUGUGAAGUUAUUUAGGUAUCCUGCUAAAGGAAAAUUUGGAAAGUUUAAGAGGUAUGUGGCCCAUAGUACACAUGUCACAAAUGUUCGCUGGACUUACGAUGACAGCAUGUUGGUUACCUUAGGAGGCGCAGAUAUGUCUUUAAUGGUUUGGACAAAUGAAAUGGAGGGCUAUCGAGAAAAAAGACCUUGUGAUAGCGAAGAAUCUGAUAUAGAUUCUGAAGAAGAUGGGGGCUAUGACAGUGAUGUCACAAGGGAGAAUGAAAUCAGUUACACCAUCAGAGCCUUAUCAACAAAUAUUCGCCCAAUGUUUGGAAUCAAGCCUCAUUUGCAACAAAAAGAACCCUCAACUGAUGAGAGGCCUCCAGUGAGCAGGGCCCCACCACAACCAGAGAAACUCCAGACCAACAACGUCGGCAAGAAAAAGAGGCCCAUAGAGGACCUUGUGUUGGAGCUUGUUUUUGGCUAUCGAGGCCGAGACUGCAGGAAUAAUGUUCAUUAUUUAAAUGACGGUGAUGAUAUAAUUUAUCACACCGCAUCCGUUGGAAUUCUUCACAAUGUUGCUACAGGGACUCAGAGUUUUUAUCAGGAACAUAAUGAUGAUAUUCUGUGCCUCACUGUAAAUCAGCACCCCAAAUUUAUCAACAUAGUGGCAACUGGCCAAGUAGGUGAUUCAGCAGACAUGUCAGCCACAGCGCCGUCCGUGCACGUCUGGGACGCCGUGAACAAGCAGACUCUGUCCAUACUGAGAUGCUACCACUCGAAGGGCGUGUGCUCGGUCAGCUUCAGCGCCACGGGGAAGCUCCUGCUGUCAGUGGGGCUGGACCCGGAGCACACAGUUACCAUCUGGAGAUGGCAAGAAGGUGCCAAAAUUGCCAGCAGAGCUGGUCACAACCAGCGUAUUUUUGUGGCUGAAUUCCGACCAGAUUCAGACUCCCAGUUUGUCUCUGUGGGAGUGAAGCACGUCAAGUUCUGGACCCUGGCAGGAAGAGCUCUUCUUAGCAAGAAAGGGCUCCUGAGCGCUCUGGAGGACGCCCGGAUGCAGACCAUGCUUGCUGUCGCGUUUGGUGCAAAUAACUUGACGUUUACAGGUACCGUCAGUGGAGAUGUCUGUGUGUGGAAAGACCACGUAUUGUGUAGAAUCGUGGCCAGAGCUCACAACGGGCCCGUGUUUGCCAUGUACACCACCCUUCGAGACGGGCUGAUCGUCACUGGUGGCAAGGAGAGACCGUCAAAGGAGGGAGGCGCCGUCAAGCUGUGGGACCAGGAGCUGAGGCGCUGCCGCGCCUUCCGGCUGGAGACGGGCCAGGCCAGCGACUGCGUGCGCUCGGUGUGCAGAGGCAAGGGCAAGAUACUGGUAGGGACAAGGAACGCUGAGAUCAUUGAAGUCGGAGAGAAGAAUGCAGCGUGCAACGUCCUGGUGAACGGCCACAUGGACGGCCCCGUGUGGGGACUCGCGACCCACCCGUCCAGGGACUUCUUCCUGUCCGCCGCAGAGGACGGGACAGUGAGGCUCUGGGACAUUGCUGACAGAAAGAUGCUGAACAAAGUGAACCUGGGCCACGCCGCUCGCACCGUAUGCUACAGCCCAGAAGGGGACAUGGUGGCCAUUGGGAUGAAAAACGGAGAAUUUAUCAUUUUACUCGUGAGCUCCCUGAAGAUAUGGGGAAAGAAGAGAGACAGGCGGUGUGCGAUCCACGACAUCAGAUUUAGUCCAGAUUCCCGGUUUCUGGCAGUGGGUUCCAGUGAGAAUUCAGUGGACUUUUAUGACCUAACACUGGGCCCCACCCUUAACAGAAUCAGCUACUGCAAAGACAUUCCAAGCUUCGUCCUUCAGAUGGACUUCUCUGCAGACGGCAGACAUCUCCAGGUCUCCACUGGUUGCUAUAAACGGCAUGUCUAUGAAGUGCCUUCAGGAAAACAUCUUAUGGAUCAGGCUGCCAUUGACAGAAUUACUUGGGCUACAUGGACUAGUAUUCUAGGAGAUGAAGUUAUGGGAAUCUGGUCCAGACACGCUGAGAAAGCAGAUGUCAGCUGUGCCUGUGUCUCUCAUUCAGGAAUCAGCCUGGUAACGGGAGAUGACUUUGGCAUGGUUAAGUUAUUUGACUUCCCAUGUCCUGAAAAAUUUGCAAAACACAAAAGGUUCUUGGGUCAUUCACCCCACGUGACAAAUAUUCGAUUUACCAGCGGCGAUCGACAUGUGAUCAGUGCUGGCGGUGAUGACUGCAGUUUAUUUGUCUGGAAAUGUGUACAUAUGCCUCACUGAAAGAUACGGAUGCUGAGAAGACUCUGUAAAUUAACAGCCUUGAGAAAAGCAGGACUCCACAAGCGGAAAAAAUAAUCAGAACCAAGCCCUGCAUGGUCAAGUGGUGCUAACUUAAGAUUGAAACAGGGAUAAAUGCCCAAACUUGUCAAAAUGAAGAUUGAUCGGUUCAAAAUAUUUGUAAUAUGCACUAGGUAACUGUCCAUAAUCCACCCACUGCCAGGUAAUCCCAUGUCAAGAAAGGAUUAAAUGAACUGAUGGUGACCGCUAGCCCCCAUUCUGGCGAGUGUGCAGAUCUGGCAGACCUGCUGGGGAGGUUUGGGAGACAGAGCUCCUCAAAAAAGUGAACCAAAACCUCAAACACCCAACUUGGAUAAUUUUCAUCCUCUUUUUUAGCAAAACUUUUUCUUUUUUGAAUUUUUAUUUUCAAGAUUAAACUGUUCAGUAUUUUAUCCUUGUGUUUACAUAAGGAAAUAUACCAUCACCCUAAAGGAUCACAGUUUUUAAAAGGCAGACAUUAUUUUCCCUAAGAAAACACACAGGAGGUCUACUGGAGAAUAUAAUGCUUCCUAAGCAUUAAUAAAGUCCUGCUUAUAAAGCACAUUUUCCUCCUAAAAGUUUUAAA